AUGCCUUGCCUUCAAAAGCUCAGCAAGGACGACCAAUAUUCUCAACUGAAGCACACCAAGCUCCGAAGGCACUUGGAUAGGAAUUCAAACCCUUUCGAACCCUGCCAGCCUGGCCGUGCCUGCAUCCGCGUCCAGGAGCUGCAGAGGCCGGGCAUCUGGAAGAAGAACGACAUCAGAGCCCUGGUACAAGAUCUCAAGCCUACAAAGGCCGUGGCAUUUGAAAACCUUAAAAGAUUACAGCAGCAGCCUUGUCCUGGUCCUGCCGCCGACGAUCGUGCUGGAGCGGGGAUGUGGAAUUCUGUGCCGUUGUCGCUGAUGAUUGUUAUUAUUGUCAUGCUCACCACCGCUUUCAUAAGUGCUGGUAAUAAGGGAACACAUUGCACUUCAACGCCAGAAUACUUGGCGGGAGAUAUUAAUGCCUAG